UUUAAUUAAACGCUAAUGUUUUUUGCAUUAAAUUUUUUUGUCAAGUGAGUCAUCCCUCAAGGACACUAACGUCAGCUUGUCAAGUCGGUUUACAGUUCAUUGCAAGCAAAACCCGUUAUAAUUUUAAGGAAAAAGUGUUGAAAAUGCCGGAAGAAGUUGCAAAACCGACCGAUGAUAGCAAAAAGAACUUAUGGUCCCAAAUUUUGAGUGACGUUCAGAACAACGGUAACCCGAAAUUGCCCUCUUGUAAGCAAGUUCUGGUCUUGGGGGACAAUGAGUGUGGCAAGACCACGAUUGUUGCGAAGUUGCAAGGGGUGGAGGACCCCAAAAAGGGGUCAGGGCUGGAGUACGCCUACAUUGACGUCCGGGAUGAUUACAGGGAUGAUCAGACCCGUCUCAGCGUAUGGGUGCUGGACGGCGAUCCGGGGCACACUGAUCUCCUCAAGUUCGCCCUGAAUGAAGAGACAUUCCAGCACACCCUCGUGAUACUCACUGUGACCAUGACAGCGCCCUGGAGCAUCCUCGAGCAGCUACAACACUGGGCAUCUGUCUUAGCCGACCAUCUUGAUAAGUUAAAACUGGACGUUGACUUGCGCCAAAACCGGCGUCAACACAUCGUGAAGAUGUGGCAAGAGUACGUGGAGCCGGGGGACGAACUUGACCCGGCCUCCCCUAUGAAGCGGAGCUCCCGGAAUUUUGGGGACGGGGAGGACGGUCUGGAGGAGCAAACGUCGUUGCCGGAAGGCACCUUGACCAAUAAUCUGGGAUUGGAUAUUGUGGUUGUGGUCACAAAGACUGAUUAUAUUCAAACUUUGGAAAAAGAGCACGAUUAUAGGGACGAGCAUUUGGAUUUUAUGCAACAGUGGAUUAGGAAGUUUUGUCUUCAGUAUGGAGCAGCUUUGUUCUAUACGAGCGCAAAGGAGGAUAAAAACUGCGAUUUGUUAUACAAGUAUCUGACUCAUCGCAUUUACGGUUUUCCGUUCCGGACGCCAGCUCUAGUUGUGGAAAAAGACGCAGUUUUUAUACCGGCCGGUUGGGAUAACAUGAAUAAAAUCCGAAUCCUGUACGAGAAUUUGCACACUUGCAAGCCUGAUGAUUACUUCCGGGACAUAAUCGUGCAGCCUGCGACCCGAAAGACAAUAAACCGCGAAACCGAGCUUUUGGCCGAAGACGAGCAGGCUUUCCUUGCACGCCAACAGCAAAUCCUCUUCGCUGGCGGUAACAACCUCCAAGGGCCGCGUCUCGGGGAAACCCCCAUACGGUCGUCACCGCUCGGAAAAGCAACGGUAAGAACAAGUCAAGGCUCCCCAAAGAAGUUGGAUGGGUCCAAGGUCGUCAGUACGCCGGGUGGGGAAGGGGUGUUGGCGAAUUUCUUUAAUUCGUUGUUGCAUAAGAAAACCGGGUCGAGUCCGGGGAAUUCCCUAGUGAAUAAAUCAGGGGGGCCCGAGUCGUUGGAUAAGGCGACUAUGCGCUCCGAUGCUGCAGCUGAACUGGACCGACUGGCCCGCGGGGGCAAGAAGUCGGGGCCCGCCAGUGGAAGCGGAGUCGAUUUUAACGCUUCCGAUUGUUAAUUUAUUUUGUUGUUUUUUACACUGUUCUGCGAUAUAAUUUAACUAACUGUACUAUUACGAAUAACUUAUUAUUAAAAAAAACCGGGCCUUAUGUCCGGUUUUAUCAAUUUUCUAAUGCUUUAAUUCUUCAAAGAAGUGUAAUAAACGUAUCUAUAGUC